AUGGCGAAUCCGUUCGCGAGGCCUACGCUCAGUCUUGAGACGACCUCCAUCAUCGUGUCCCUCAUGGAUAUACCCUCCCUCAUGGUUUUUCGUGCGACCUCGAAAGCUUCCUUGGCCCUCGUCAAGAACGACUUAACGCGCUCUCUGCGUCGGAUUGUGUCGAACUUCGUACCAAACCCCACUCUGCUUCUGGAGAAGCUCGAUCGACACCACGCGUUCAUUUCGGGGUCUGUAGCUCUCCAGUUCUUUCUGAGAGGCUCGCCCAUCCGCCCCCGCAACCUGGACAUCUUCCUUCCCAUCGGUAGCUUGCCACCACUCUUCCACCACAUGCUCGUUGAGCAGGCGUCCUACCUCAUUCAUUCCUUCGCAUUCCCCCACGUCGCGCUCAUACCGCCGCAUUUCCUUGUCGAGCAGGCGGUCGCCUUUCAAACACCGUUGGGCACGGUCACGCUGUGGCAGAGCGAAGCCCAUACAGCAUUUCUACCCAUCAUCUCGGCGCCCACCUCCAUCCACAUCCUCUACGUCAGCCCGCGCUACUUCGGAUGCGGCUAUCCAACCUUGCUAUUCGCUCUGCGCGCCAUCAUUGGUCGCCCGGAUGUCGCAGGCUUCGAGGACGCCGUUCGAAGUUGCUGCAAACGAGGGAUUCAACUGCGCUUCUUCACGCGUAUGUGGCCCGACUGGACCCACCACGGAUCGUGCGCCGCACGAUACUUCGCUUGUCCCUCCCAGCAACGCACACUCUCGGACGCGGGCAGUCUCAAGGCGAGGAUUGACCCUUUGGUCGACCUGGAGGUGGAGCCGCGUGUGGGGCUGCCCUCCGACUACUCAUCCUCGUCCACCUUGAGCGAUUCUGAUAUCCCUAACGGCGGAGUUCCGGCGGCCGAGGAUGUCACUAUGUGGGACGACAUUACCGACUCGACUCCGGCCGUGGAGAUAUGGGUGCCAAAUGCAUUCUUUCAUCGCCUGUAUAAGUUUCUAGCUUACAACGACCCCCAUAUCGAACGCUACAACCUGGCGGACGUUCCCAUGGAUUGUCAAUGGGGGUCUGGGUCACUUGCCUCUCGUCUCUCUCGCAACGGACGGGUGGUCAGUAUAUGGGCUAUAGGACACUUGAAAGGCAUGUGGUUCUUCACCAUGCUCCAAGACCCGCGGCCGGCCGCUCGCGUCUGCUUGGACCUCCUUCGCGACAGCGAUAUUACCGCAACAAGGCGCCUUAUGAAUGCGGCGAACCCGACUCAGAGGCUAGAACGCUCGUGGUUGACGAAGGUGGAUUUCUGUGCCGACAGAAUGGACUCUACGAAUCGCAAAGUCUUCCGCGAGAUCUACGAUGCUCGCGCUCGCUAUACGGCAAAACAUGAAAUGCAGGUGUUGCCCCUGACCGACUUGUCCAUUGGAGAUUUGGUGCUUGUAGAGUGCUGGUUCGUUCGCAGCCGCAUUAAUCGCGACUCGUCCGCAUGGGUUACGUGGACCACGGGCUUCCAGCUGCGCUCAGUUUCUCUCCUCCUCUCCCAUACCCCAUCCGUGGAUCCUAGCGCUCUCGACAUUGAUUCUGACGACAAGUUUGAUGGCUAUAUGUGA